AUGAACAAAGUUUUGAAAUCUCAUAAACACAAUAUCUCCGAUAUAAAUGAACUUCAAGCUACAUUAAAUAGUAAAGCUGACAAGAACCAUACACAUAAAUCCUUCACUACUGUUGCUAUAGAAAGUAUUGAAGGAACUGGUGGGGAUACAUUAUAUUAUAAACCUCCUAACUUUCCACAAGGUUUAACAUCGAAUGAAAACAUAACAACGACGAAAGGCAUUAGCUGUAAAAAUGUUUAUGUCAUGGAUGAUGAAAAUAAUGUUAAAUUCACUGCUCAAGAUUUAUAUGAUAAGAAAGCAGAUAAAACUUAUGUUAACGAUGAGUUAGAGAAGAAGGCGGAUAUGGAAUGGACAUCGGAGACUUUUAAAGUUAAAGCUGAUACAGGAUGGGUUUCAGGAUGUUUAGACCUUAAAGCAGAUAAAACUUAUGUUAACGAUGAGUUAGAGAAGAAGGCGGAUAUGGAAUGGACAUCGGAGACUUUUAAAGUUAAAGCUGAUACAGGAUGGGUUUCAGGAUGUUUAGACCUUAAAGCAGAUAAAACUUAUGUAGAUGAAAAUUAUGCAAAGAAGUCGGAAGUAAAUGAUGUGAUUACAAGCAUGAAAAAUGAAAUACUUCAAACAUUAUAUCCUGUUAGUUCUAUUUAUACGUCAAUGAACUCAACAAAUCCAGCAAGUGUUUUAGGUUUUGGUACAUGGAAGCAGAUUGUAGACAAAUUCUUAUAUUGUACUAACUCUUCAAAGCAAGCAGGAGGUUCAAAGAAAAUUAAAGAAGCAAACCUUCCGCCGCACACUCAUACAGGAACGACAAACUUUUCUGGCGACCAUAGCCACUCAUUAAGAGACCACCCAUUAUACAACUCAGAGUAUGAAGCUGGCCAUGACGUUUUAUCUCCAUCUUAUAACAAUUCAGCAAAAAAGAUUUUUCGACCAACUGAACCGGGAGGAAAUCAUGUCCACACUUUCACAACAAAUCCAACAGGCUCGGGUGCAGAUUAUAUGCCACCAUUUGUGACUAUAUUCGCAUGGUACCGCGUUCAAUGA